AUGGCUUCCCUGCCUCUGUGCCGCUCGCCGUCCUCCCUACUACCCUCAUGGCCUCACCGGCCAAUUUCCGCCUCCUUUAACCCUAAGAAUCCCUCCUCCCCUGUCGCUGCUCACGUCUCCGUCCAGGACACGCCUCCCCAACCUCAAGACCCGGCGCCUCCAUCUGAUUCCAGCCCAAAUGGCACAAAUCCCAGCAGCAACACCACGAGGUUCCUCUGGGUCAACCCCAACAGCCCGCGCGCCGCCGACGUCGCACGCGCGCGUGCCGGGUCUGGCCGCCGCGCGCGUCUUGCCUCCGCCGCCGUAGAGGCCGCGCUUGAGGCCGCCUUCCCCGAGGCUCCCUACGAGCAGGACGCCGUCAUCGUGCUUAACACGGCUGCCGCCACCAGGCCGGAGACCGCCGUGCUGGCUCUCCGCUGGUUCCUGGGGAACGCCAAGGUCCGGAAGAAGGUCAUCCUCUACAACGUCGUGCUCAAGCUGCUGCGCAAGAAGCGGCACUGGAGCGAGACCGAGGCGCUAUGGGCAGAGAUGCUGCGGGACGGCGUGCAGCCCAACAACGCCACCUUCUCGACUGUCAUCAGCUGCGCGCGCGCCUGCGGCCUACACAGCAAGGCCGUCGAGUGGUUCGACAAGAUGCCGGAGUUCGGGUGCUCGCCGGACAUGCUCACAUACUCUGCGGUGAUCGACGCGUACGGCCGCGCUGGGAACUCCGAGGCGGCCCUCCGCUUGUACGAUCGCGCUGGCGCGGAGAAAUGGCAGCUGGACCCUGUGAUCUGCUCUACGGUGAUCAAGGUACAUUCAACCAGUGGCAACUUCGACGGUGCACUCAACGUGUUCGAGGAAAUGAAGGCAACCGGCGUGAAACCAAACCUGGUCGUGUACAACACAAUGUUGGAUGCCAUGGGCCGCGCAUUGCGACCUUGGGUGGUGAAAACCAUCCACAGGGAGAUGGUUGACCAGUAG